CGCUCUCGGGCAGAGAGGAGAGCAAGCGAGCCCUGCUUCACAAGUCCAGCAGCACCAGUCCGGAGUCUCCUUCAUCGUCUUCUCCGCCUGAAUUGGACUCUUAUAACCUGUGAGCCCAGGUGCGAGAGACGGAAUGGCAAUCCCACAAUAGUGCGGCCCGGAUUGUGCGCCUCUCAGCAUCAUCCUUGGUUUGGCACCAGCCUCUCAGCCGCCGAGUCCUGAAUCGAGCCAUUGUUCCCACCGCAGUCGCCUGGACGGAGAAAGAGGGGGGCGUAGAAAAAGGCACCUUGUGUAAAACGUAAAGACUCGUCGGCAAGGCUCGGGAGUAUACUAUUAGGGAAAGGGGGGUCUUGCUCUCCCUCCCCCCGCCCCAAUACACAAGGUCUGAGCGCUUUGCUGCUGAGCCCCUGGACACAGGCUGUGCUCAGACAUUCCAAUGCAGUGAGGCAGCAGCGGGGCUCAAUCGCAAUCUCGGGCAGAGAGGAGAGCAAGCGAGCCCUGCUUCACAAGUCCAGCAGCACCAGUCCGGAGUCUCCUUCAUCGUCUUCUCCGCCUGAAUUGGACUCUUAUAACCUGUGAGCCCAGGUGCGAGAGACGGAAUGGCAAUCCCACAAUAGUGCGGCCCGGAUUGUGCGCCUCUCAGCAUCAUCCUUGGUUUGGCACCAGCCUCUCAGCCGCCGAGUCCUGAAUCGAGCCAUUGUUCCCACCGCAGUCGCCUGGACGGAGAAAGAGGGGGGCGUAGAAAAAGGCACCUUGUGUAAAACGUAAAGACUCGUCGGCAAGGCUCGGGAGUAUACUAUUAGGGAAAGGGGGGUCUUGCUCUCCCUCCCCCCGCCCCAAUACACAAGGUCUGAGCGCUUUGCUGCUGAGCCCCUGGACACAGGCUGUGCUCAGACAUUCCAAUGCAGUGAGGCAGCAGCGGGGCUCAAUCGCAAUCUCGGGCAGAGAGGAGAGCAAGCGAGCCCUGCUUCACAAGUCCAGCAGCACCAGUCCGGAGUCUCCUUCAUCGUCUUCUCCGCCUGAAUUGGACUCUUAUAACCUGUGAGCCCAGGUGCGAGAGACGGAAUGGCAAUCCCACAAUAGUGCGGCCCGGAUUGUGCGCCUCUCAGGCAAUUAAUUAACUGGAAGUGGAAUGACUUCAGAAGCAAUUACCUUUUAAAGUACGUUUUUCUGGACUCUUGUACCCCCAGACAAGGCAAACUACUAUGAAGGAAAUGAUGUGCUUAAAAGAAAAGUACUCCUAAAUGUUGUUAUUCCAAACAGAUGAGCUACCAGAGUUAGUAUUUUGUGACAAUUUCCUCUUGAAAUAGUUUUGGAGAUUGUCAAUAAUACAGCUGUAUUUAGACUGGUUUUUCUAGUAUUUUCGGCAAAACGGAAAUAUCAGAAGCUUGUGUGUCAGAAUGAUCUCUGGAAAAAUACUACUGUGAAUACUGGGCUUUGACAGUCUUGCUUGUGCACCAGAAAGGAAAUAGAGAUAAAACAUGCUGGAUGUUUGUUGUUAAAAUAUGAAGGUAUGAAAUGAACACAUCCUGAUUAUAGAAAUGAAGAAAAGCACCUCUAGAGAGCACUAUUUGUUAUUUCUACUGUAAUAGAUGAGAAAGAAAUGACUGAUCGUAAAAAACCCUGGAAUAGAGGCACAUGUAUCCCUGCUUCUUUGGAAUUUCUGAGCAUAAAUUAUGAUAUUUUACAGAAGAGCUACAAGAACAACACUAUACAUAACCACUUAUAUAAACCAUGUGACACUUUCCCCUCAAAAGAUACAUGUUUAGAAACUGGAAUUCCUUUACUGGAAAGAGCCAUGUAUGCCGAAAUCAAAUUAAAAAUGGAUGGAUCUCAAGUUGAGUUUAAGUCACUAGGAAGCCAAUCCUCAGUAAAUAAAAAUGAAACCGACAGACCUGAUUUAAAUUACGUUACAGAAAGAAAUAAUAUCUCAAAACAUCUGUGUACUUUGCACAACAGGUUUGUUUGGGAUGAUUGUCUCCAGCGAGUAAAGAUUUAUAAUAAUUGCACCAGUGCUUCCACAACCUGCACUUGUAACUUAAUGGAACUACCAACUACCCGUGGGGAUAAAACUGGACAACAGUUGCGGGACACCAAUGACUCCUCAACUGAUAGCUGUUUUCAUUUAGAAACAGCAACCCAAAAACUCAGUGUGGCAUGUUCUGAUCACAGCUUCUCAAGUGUUAAUUUUCUUGGAAAAAUUCCUUCAAAGCCUAACCUGAGCCAUUUGGAAAACUGCAGUGAAAGCAAUGGAGAAGAGUCAGAGGAAGAUCUUUCUCGAAGUAAGAAAGAACGCUCCACCUUAUUAACCAGAAGAUUUUGCAAAAAUGACAAGAAGGUUAAGAAAACAGUCUAUACUGGAACGAGAGCAAUUGUAAGGACUUUGCCAUCUGGUCAUAUAGGAAUGGUUGCCUCGAACUCUAUUGACCGGUCGAAAACCCAUAAUGAGUUAAGGCACUGCAGGGUUACAUCAGAUCAGCUGGUAACAUUUCAAAUUUCAAGAAGCCAGGCAUUACGUUCUUAUCUUCUGCAGUCUAUAUGGCAUGAGAUCUUCAAAACAGCAACAGGAUCAGAAGAUUCUUUGAAAUAUUUUCUCCAUCCGGUAAAGGAACCACUAACGCCACAGCGCCAUACAGAUUGCUGGUGUGAAAGAGACAACUUGUGCAUAAAAUCAUGUAUACAAGCUUCUGAAUACUGUGCCACUUUACACAGGACUUCUCUUUCAAACUUUGUCAGCGGUGCUUUACUAGAAGCAACCACAUCAUUGGGGGCAAGAAGUGGUUCGCUAAAUAUCUUAGGAGGAUCAACUGGAAAGACCAUGCUAAAAGAACGAAAAUUGAGUUCAUCUAUGGCUGGAUCAAAUGUCCUUACUUCUGCUGUAGCUGGUAUCAGCAAAGAGCUUGUAGAUCUGCAGCAUCUCAUUCAGUUUCCCGAGGAGGUUGCUAGCAUUCUGACUGAGCAAGAGCAGGAUCUUUACAGAAAAGUAUUGCCCAUUGACUACCUCUGCUUCUUAACCAGAGAUUUGGGGAAUGCUGAGUGCCAGAACAAACUUUCAACUAUUAAAGCUUCAAUUUCUGCAACACUUCUUUCAGCUUCAAAUGGGGAACACAGUGCUGUUGAAGAUCUAGUGACAAGAUUCAAUGAGGUGAGUUCUUGGGUGACAUGGCUGAUUCUGACAGCAGGCUCUAUGGAAGAAAAACGAGACGUCUUCUCUUAUGUAGUCCAUGUGGCAAAAUGCUGCUGGAACAUGGGCAACUACAACGCUGUCAUGGAGUUCUUGGCAGGACUAAGGUCAAGAAAAGUUUUAAAAAUGUGGCAAUUCAUGGACCAGUCUGAUAUUGAAACGAUGCGGAGCUUGAAAGAUGCUAUGGCACAGCAUGAAUCAUCCUCCGAAUACAGAAAAGUUGUCAACAGAGCUCUGAAUAUACCCGGCUGUAAAGUUGUCCCUUUCUGUGGUGUCUUUUUAAAAGAACUCUGUGAAGUUUUGGAUGGGGCUGCAAGUCUCAUCAGACUUUGUCCUCAAUAUAACUCUCAGGAUGAAACACUGGAGUUUGUUGCAGAAUAUAAUGGGCAAGAUAACUAUUUGCAGCGGGUAGGCCGAGAUGGCUUACAUAGCGUGGAAAAGGAAUCAGCAGCUAACUACAUAUUUCAGACGAUUCGGAGCUGCAAUCGGAGUUUGGAAUCUGAAGAUGGAGAAGAUAAUUUUAUUGAAGAUGAAGGUGGAAGUUCCAGAAGAAAUUCUUUGAAGGACAGAAACCGCUAUCUGUUUAUAACUGGAGAUCUAUCAGAUUCUGAAAGCGAUCUUUUUGAGCAAUCCAGAGAAUGGACCCCACCAGCAGCUGAAGAGCAGCAGCAAGCAUUCUGCCAUGGAAUAGAACUCAUUCCUUGGUAUGUUCUGUCAAUUAGAGCUGAUGUCCAUCAGUUCCUGCUGCAAGGUGCAACCGUCAUACAUUAUGACCAAGAAACACAUUUUUCAGCACGAUGUUUUCUUCAGCUUCAACCUGAUAAUAGUACAUUGACAUGGACGAAACCUACCACUGCUUGCUGUACAAAUUCAAAAAUGAGACUAAAUAUGCUCGGUACCACUGCUGAACUUGGGAAAUUUCAAUUUCUUGGCAAUACUGGAAUAAAUGGAUUGGUGGAGGGCUGCUUAGACCUGUUCUCAGCAAAGGCAGUGUAUAUGGGGCACUCUGGCAUUGAUAUGCAUUCUGUGUGCAUUCAGAAUAAACUUUGUAAUAUGUCUCUUGAAGAGAAUGGUGUGACACUAUUAUAUGGACUUCAAACUACUGAAAAUAAGUUGCUGCACUUUGUAGCUCCAAAAUAUACUGCCAAAAUGCUUUUUGAUGGAUUGCUGGAAUUAAUUUGUGCUACAAGGAAGAUGAAGAAAUUCCCUGAUCAGAGACUACAAUGGCUGCGAAAACAAUAUGUUAGCCUUUACCAGGAGGACAGCCGAUAUGAAGGCCCAACCUUGGCCCAAGCUGUUGAAUUAUUUGGAGGGAGACGCUGGAGUACGAGAAACACAAGCCCAGGAAACCUGAUGAAAAAUGUAGAGAAACCAGGUGUGCAAAGAAACAACACUCUUGGAAUCAAUACAGCCAAGAAAAAGAAGAAAGUACUCAUGAGGGGUGAAAGUGGAGACGGCACUGAUGAUGAGAUGACAACUCGAAAAGCAAGAACUUUUAAGGAAAAUCGGAGCAGAAGCGGUUCAGACCCUCAGGAUAUUGAUGAGCAAGAGGAUGCAGAACCAUCUCUUCUGGUUACUUUUUUGGGUACCAACACCCUGCCUUCCAGAAGAUCACAGUCUCUGACUACCUCAGCGCCACCUAAUGUAACACCUGGGGUCUCACCUGUCAGGCCAGUAUCUUCUCCUGUGAUGUCGUCAUCAAUAAAGAGUCAAUCUAGCACGUGGAGCAGCAGUAGCUGGCAUGGAAGAGUUAAAGGGGGAUUGAAGGGGUUCCAAACUUGCAUGGUUUCUGAUAACAACAUGAGUUUUGUUGAAUUUGUAGAGCUCUUCAAAUCUUUCAGUGUUCGUAGCCGCAAAGAUUUAAAGGAUCUUUUUGAUGUUUAUGCGGUCCCCUGCAAUCGAUUGGGUUCAGAUUCUGCUCCUUUGUAUACCUCCCUGAAGAUUGAUGAGAACACAAAUGGACUCCAGCCUGAUUUAGAUUUGCUAACAAGGAAUAUAUCGGAUUUGGGUUUGUUCAUUAAAAACAGACAGCAGCUAUCGGACAACCAGCGACAAAUAUCUGAUGCCAUUGCUGCAGCCAGUAUUGUAACUAAUGGCACUGGAGUAGAGAGUACAUCUCUGGGAAUCUUUGGUGUGGGCAUUCAGCAACUCAAUGACUUCGUAGUAAAUUGCCAAGGAGAACACUAUACAUAUGAUGAACUCCUCAGUAUUAUUCAGAAAUUUGAGCCCAGCAUCAACAUGUGUCAGCAGGGACUAAUGUCAUUUGAAGGAUUUGCACGGUUUCUGAUGGAUAAAGAUAAUUUUGCAUCUUUGAACAAUGAAUCUCAGGAGAACAUAGAUGUUUUGGUAUUUCCACUGUCAUAUUACUACAUUGAGUCCUCACACAAUACGUAUCUCACAGGACACCAGCUGAAAGGAGAAUCUUCAGUAGAACUUUACAGCCAGGUUCUCUUGCAAGGGUGUAGGAGCGUUGAAUUAGACUGCUGGGAUGGGGAUGAUGGAAUGCCAGUUAUUUAUCAUGGGCAUACUCUUACUACUAAGAUUCCUUUUAAGGAAGUGGUUGAAGCCAUUGAUCGUAGUGCCUUUUUCACCUCGGACAUGCCAAUCAUUAUAUCUAUUGAGAACCACUGUUCCUUACCUCAGCAACGAAAAAUGGCUGACAUUUUCAAGAAUACGUUUGGAGAAAAGCUUGUAACUAAGUUUUUAUUUGAAAGUGAUUUUUCUGAUGACCCUAUGCUGCCUUCUCCCCUUCAAUUGAGGGGGAAAAUUCUGCUUAAAAACAAAAAGCUCAAAGCACAUCAAACUCCAGUGGAUAUAUUAAAACAGAAGGCUCAUCAGCUGGCACACAUGCAAGCUCAGGCAAGUAAUGGUAGCAAUGUGGUGAAUCUUUCUACUCCAAAUGAGGAAGAAGAGGAUGAGGAAGAUGAAUAUGACUAUGACUAUGAAUCUCUUUCUGAUGCUGAUGUCCUUAAUGCUUCUCCUGCUCCUAACUGCCAGGAAGAUAACAUUCUGGAAGACCGACCUGAGAAUAAGUUAACCAUCGAUAAACUCCAGUUUGAAUACUGUGAAGAAACUGCCAAAAGAAUCAAGAAGAUGGACAGUGCCAUAUACAAUAAUAAAGGAAAGAUUUAUGACAUGGAAUUAGGUGAAGAAUUCUAUCUCUCUCAAAAUAAAAAAGAAAGUAGACAGAUAGCGCCCGAACUGUCAGAUCUUGUCAUCUACUGUCAAGCUGUGAAAUUCCCUGGCCUGUCGACUCUAAAUCCAUCUGGCUCUAGCAGAGGGAAAGAAAGAAAGAGCAGGAAGUCCAUUUUUGGCAACAAUCCUGGAAGACUGAGCCCUGGGGAGCCAGCAAUACUUGCCAAGGCAUCUGGAAAAGGCGCCUUUGACAGUGCACGGCAGAACUGGGAAGAAGCUUGUCCUCCUACUUUUAGCCCUACAACUUCUCUCAGUUCUAUAAUCAGGACUCCUCGAUGUUACCAUAUCUCCUCUUUGAAUGAAAAUGCCGCCAAGCGCUUAUGCAGGCGAUACUCUCAGAAGCUGAUCCAGCACACCACUUGCCAGCUGUUGAGAACAUACCCGGCUGCUACGCGCAUUGAUUCCUCCAAUCCUCACCCACUUCUCUUCUGGCUUCACGGAGUACAGCUAGUGGCACUGAACUAUCAAACGGAUGAUCUUCCCUUGCACCUGAAUGCAGCAAUGUUUGAAUCAAAUGGUGGCUGUGGAUACGUUCUGAAGCCUCCUGUCUUGUGGGACAGGAAUUGCCCGAUGUACCAACAUUUUUGUCCUUUGGAAAGAGAUUUAGACAAUAUGGAACCAGCUAUUUAUUCAUUAACAAUUGUGUCUGGGCAGAACGUUUGUCCCAGCAAUAGCACAGGAAGUCCAUGCAUUGAAGUGGAUGUGCUUGGGAUGCCUCUGGAUAGCUGCCAUUUCCGGACGAAGCCCAUUCAUCGCAAUACUCUCAAUCCCAUGUGGAAUGAGCAGUUCCUAUUCCGGAUCCACUUUGAGGAUCUGGUAUUCCUUCGCUUUGCAGUUGUUGAAAACAAUUCCUCAGCUGUCAUGGCUCAAAGAAUCAUCCCACUGAAGGCUCUGAAGAGAGGCUACAGACAUCUCCAGCUACGAAGCCUGCACAAUGAAGCACUAGAAAUCUCAAGUUUGUUCAUUAACAGCCGAAGAAUGGAAGAAAACUCUUCUGGAAUUGCUAUUCCUUCUUCUUUGCGGUUUAGCACACCUGAGAGGAGGUCGGCUGCUCUCUACAAAGUUACCAUACAUGGAGUCCCAGGUCCAGAACCUUUUACACUUUUUACUAUUAGGCAAGGAACCACAGUUGCUCAGCUUCUGCAUCAAAUUUUGGUUGCCACAAAAAGCAUUGGAACGUAUCCUGCAGAUUAUUUCUUGAUGGAGGAGAAGUGCUUUAUAUCCAAAGAAAGGAAUGAAUACAGGAAACCACCGUUCCAGAGACUCCUUGGCCCCGAGGAGGAGAUUGUCCAGCUCCUGAAUAGCUGGUUCCCAGAAGAAGGUUAUGUUGGAAGGAUCCUCUUUAAAACACGCGAGGAAAACUUGAACGGGAGAAAUCUCUUUCAGGAAGAGAAGGAAGAUGCUGUUGCUAGCUCUGAGGAUGACAGUUUCUUUGUCCAAGUGCAUGACGUUUCCCCAGAACAGCCGCGAACAGUUAUCAAAGCUCCCCGCUUCAGCACAGCCCAGGAUGUUAUCCAGCAGACUUUAUGCAAGGCCAAAUACUCCUACAGUAUUCUGAGCAAUCCCAACCCAAGUGAUUAUGUGCUCUUGGAGGAAGUGACGAAAGAGUCAACAAGCAAAAAAUCUUCUGCAUCCAAAACAUCUCAGAGGAUUCUUUCUGAUCAAGAAUGUGUGUUUCAGGCUCAGAACAAGUGGAAGGGAGCUGGGAAAUUUAUCCUUAAACUUAAAGAACAAGUUCAAACAGGCCGAGAUGACAAAAGGAAAGGCAUUUCAUUUGCUAAUGAACUUAAGAAAUUAACUAAAUCAAGUAAGCAGUACAGAGGCUUUAUCACUUCGCCUCUUCAAACAUCUUCAGAAAGUCUCCCAAGUAAAGAUGACAAGACGGCUUGCGGUUUGACUUUCAGUGACACUAUGGAGUAACCUGCAGUUUUGUUUUCAGGGAGUUACAAAGAAUAGAGGAAAAGCCGCACUAAAGAGAAGCUGAGAAUACGACGAAGACGUAUCCAUACCUUUGCCCACUAACUCUGAGCUGUCUUUUAUUUGUAACUGGACCAUAUCUAAAUAAGACACAGGCCUUGAAUCGGAGUGAGAAGUUGCUGGUAGGCUAGUGGAUGGAUCAGGAGGGGAUUGGCGCCCCACUUCGGUGCCACCCUGAAGCUGUUUGUUGGCAACAAGAGCCGGUUCUGUCAGCGAUCAAAGAGAAGUCGUGGGCUCGAGACUUUGCUAAGACGCCCUGGCAUCUUUUGGAAAGAUUCCUUCUGUCUUUACAUUCACUCCUUUGGGCAGGAGAACAAAAGCAAGCACCUUAGAUUGUCCUUAACAAACAGCACCCAACCUUUUUCAGAAUAGAAGAUUUGGGUGAUGCAUCUUAAGGGAAGACGAAGGUUGAGGAUGUUCUGGUGUGUGUUCUGUAAAUAUGAUGCACUUUGGAAAGUUCUAAGUAGAUAUAGGUACAUUGUAACUCAAAGAUUUGAAUAUGGUGAAUGUGUCUUCUUAAUAAUGUUAGUGUACAGUAGUCAGUAUACGUAUUUUGGUAGUGGGGCUUAUGUUGAUAAAUUUAGGAACCAGAUUUUGUCAUGCAAUGUAUCUUAGUGUUUCUGUUCAAAACAACACUAUUAUUAUUUAUUUAAAUAUCCCAAGGUAUGUGCCACUGUACAAUGUAUUUAUCAUGCCUUGCUUUAGAGAAUUCUAUAUAUCUUUAUAGAACAAAAAUCUACUUAUUUCUCAGUUUAGAGGAGAAGUGUUUAAUUUUAUUGAGAAGUAUAUUCAGGAAACACAAUCUGUAUGCUUCAUAUCUCAGCAGUAGAGCAAUAUUAAAAGUGUUUUGAGAGAGAGAGAGAGAAAAAUAAAUGAGAGCUUUACUUCCGAGUGUAUAAUAAUACUCUCAAAAUAAUGUCAUAGUAAAAGUCUGUUUUGAAAACACUUUCACUCGUUGCUGUAGAGGGUUGUCUUAUUUAAAGAAAGAAAAAACCUUUAAACUUAGAAAGCAGACAAGACAAUUCAAUUUCAUUUUUGGUAUAAAAUUUUGCUGUUUCUGUUUACAUAGAAGUACUUGUAAAAAUCUGUAUAUGUUUGCAAAAUCAAGGCUUUGGUUGUUUUUAUAAGGGCUGUUAGUACUGGCUGUAACUUCUCUGCUUUUUGUUAAUAUCCUGUUAAGAUAAUUUAACAUUACACCUAUAAAGCAUGCAAAAAUUAAA